GCGGUCGGUUAAGUUCGUCAUGGAGAAAAGAGACAGAAAUCGUAGGCUUGAUCAAUACUUGACGCCUCUUCCACGACGAAAUCAAGAACACCAAUUUGAUGUGGUUUUUAACGCCUCUUCCACGCCUCUCCCCUCAGCCUUCCUUGCACUUCACGUGCCUUUUAAAUAAAGACAAUUUCUCGUUUGCAUAAUUAUUAUAUAAAUUAUCACAUCAAGCUGGUACCAGACGCAAUUAUAUUCUUCAUCAAUGAAUAACCCACCGAGAAUCACCGGUUCUUCAGGAAUCCUGCAAUCUCAACCUCCAAGUGAUUCCAUCUCUGUUGAAACAGUAGAGCACUUGGUCCAAAAUCUGAUCAAAAGCCGGCACAGAAGGCAAGAAUGGAUGCACCUCUGCAAUCCUAAACUAGUACUAGACCUGAAUAGAGAACCAUGGAGAAACCACUUAAUCAAGUUCCUGGAAUCAACCCCAGUUCAUGUUUUUACAAUCUCACUGCUUCUCCUUGACGUCAUCUUAACUGUCCUUGAACUUUCAUCUUCUUUACAAUCAUGCACCCCGGAAGAAGACCAUUAUAAGAAAAACAAAGUUUGGUACCAUCUGGCAGGGAUUUGUAUACUGAGCCUCCUUUCUGCCAAGUCAGUUGCUCUAGUUGUGGGGUUUGGCAGCUCCUUCUUCAAGCGGCCAGGUUAUGUUGUCGAUGGCGCAGUUGUUAUCGGAGCAUUAUUCUUGGAAACGUUUUUGGGGACGAAGGGUGGAGGAUUGCUUGUAGUCGUGAGUUUAUGGCGAGUUGUGAGGCUAGUGGAGAGCGCGUUUGAGUUGAGUGAUGAAGCUAUUGAAGCACAGAUUGAAGGAAUACUAAGCCAGUUUGAAGCACUUAGCAAUGAGAAUUCAAGGCUGUCGCAGACAAUCGCAGAGAAAGAUAGUAUGAUAGAGAAGCUCCAAGAGAUAAUAGAGAAGCUAGAAAAAGAAUUGGAUCAGUAUAGAUCGACACGCUUGUGUUGUGACCACUGAUCAAUUAAUAUAUCCCAUCUUCUUUAAAGAAAAGAAAAAUUCCCAAACCUAUAUUUAUGUGGAUAAUUAAUUUGUUGUACUCUUUCUAAUUAAUGCUUCUUAGCAUAUGAUAUUAUUGCGUUUUAUCUCUGUA